CAUCCCUCAUGUUUCCUCUCCUUUCUCCCGCUCGACGCUCACUCUCUCCCUCGCAGAGGCAGCUCUCAUCCUCGCAGCCUCACUCUCUCCAUCGCAGCUGACUCUCGCAGCUCUCACUCUCUCCCUCGCAACUCAGAAUCAAGGUUGGGAAGCAUACGGCGGUUGGUCGCUGUUCGAGAUUGGUCCUGCUCUCGGGGGCUUAAGCGAUUGCAUUGCUCUCUUAGAUAUAUGUAAUGGUGGAGCUUAAGAGGCGGCGAACAAUGAGAUGCACAUUCCUUUUCGAUCUAGUUUUUAUUUGUGCUGCUUUAUUCAUACGAAGUGCAUUUGUAGUCACUGAUUAUAAAGAGGUAUCUUAUAGCUGAAAAUAACUACAGUUUUAUCAGCUUGUUGGCCUGAGCAUCUUAUCAUUCAACUUGAUUCUACAUAUGAGUGAUGACAAUUACUGGCAUGUUGCAUUGCAAUCUUAUCAUUUAUUAUAUAAACUAAAAAAUGGAAAAUUACUCUUGACAUCAACUGAUAGAUAUCAUGAGAGAGAAAUGGCAUUGAUGGUAUAUGAGAAUCAUUAUACAUGCCCAUACUAUGCUAAUAUUAGCAGCAACUGUUACUAAAUAGCUUGUUUCCAUGCUGAUGUAUCUAUGUACAUGAAUGUAUGCCAUUCUCGAGGGCUUUGCAUGAAUGUGCAAUUUGCAAAGAUUUACUGUUAUUGUAUUAUUUUUUAAUUUUUACUAGCUAUCUUGGCAGGCCGGGUUGCAGGCCUAGUAACACUCAGGUCGACUAGUAAUCUGUAAUACUCGCCUUCACCAGUGCUCCUAUGUACCUCCUCAACAAAGAGGACAUGGAUGCAGGACUUUGUUGGCAUCUUUAGUUUGAGAUUUUAAGCAAAAGUGAGUUCUCCUUUACUACAAUAAAAAAACCUGAGCUGGCCUUCUUGUGAUUACGAUUGGAGUGGUUGUUAUAGAAUGUGUAUAUUUACAGGACAUAGAUACCGAGCAAAUAUGUAAUCUAUCCGUUGGCAAAUGAUAUAAAUCUGUUGGUAAAUGAUAGUAGUUGAGUUGUAUAAAAAAUGUUUGACAAAAGUCCAAAACGAAAACUAUAAAUUCUAGAUGUGGCAAACCACCAGGUGUGGAAGCCAAGUUUAUUUUAGAUAUUUGUACCAUAUUUUCUUGUGUUCAUUUACUUUAUUGAGCAUACCCCACCCAUUCCAUGGUAUACCUUUUGAAAGCUUUCAAAAUUUCUGUUUCUCAUGCUAGAGAUCAAAUCCUUGGUUUUCCUCCCGAUAUCUCAAGGCAGGUGCUUGUGAUCUGCUUGUCCCUGCGAAUGGCAAUCCCUUUUUCUGAAAUCUCAACAUUACUCUCUUCAAUUUUGAACUGUGUUUUUUCAAUAGCUGACGUGCCUGCCACGUCAGCAGUGUGUCCUGGGGUUUGCACACCUGGAACUGUACAUAGAAGAACUCUUCCAUUUUAUCUCAAACACAUAAAUUUGAGUUGCAAAUCUUUCAAGUAGAAUUCUAUCUAAUAUGAUUGCACCUAAAUUCUGUCACGGUUAAUUUGCUUGAAUGCAGGGACAAAGAGAAGGUGCAUUCUCGCAUUUGUGUUCUACAUUAAGCUUUGCAGACGGCCAAAACAAUGAGAAAUGGUAAAAUAUUCUCUAACUCAAUAUCAGAAUCAUGUUUUGAAUUUCUCAGCCAUUGGUCAAUGGAACUCCAGAAUCAAAGAAGCUGUGAACCAUGGAAAGUCCCACAAAGCCCUCACCCUCUUCCGUCAAAUAAAGCAAAAUGGCAUUGAACCAAACAAUUUGACAUUCCCCUUUGUAGCAAAAGCCUGUGCCAAGAUCUCUGAUCUCAAGUACUCCCAAAUUGUUCAUACUCAUGUGAUGAAAUCUCAGUUCAACACCCAUAUCUUUGUGCAAACUGCAAUAGUUGACAUGUAUGUCAAAUGCAAUCAGCUGGAUGAUGCACACCAGUUUUUUGUGAGGAUGCCUGUGAGGGACAAAGCUUCUUGGAAUGCAAUACUUUUUGGGUUUGCUCGAUCAUGUUAUCUUGAUAGAGUGUCAUGUCUUUUACAUAACAUGAGGUCUGAAGGGAUUCAGCCUGACUCAGUUACAUUUAUGGGUUUAACUCAAGCAGUUUUGCAUACAAAGAGUGUGAAAUUGGUGAAGUCACUUCAUUCAUUAGGAAUACAACUUGGCAUAGGUGCUGAUGUUUCAGUUGCCAACACUUGGAUUGCUGCAUAUGCCAAAUGCGGUGACUUGGGGUUGGCAGAGGUGGUAUUUAAUGAGAUCAAUAGAAAUUUCAAGACUGUUAUCUCGUGGAAUUCCAUGAUUGCAGGGCAUGCAAACUUUGGAAAUGUCUUUGAUGCUGUUAAUGUUUACAAAUGCAUGCUACAUGAUGGAUUUAUACCUGAUGCAGGUACCAUUGUUAGUCUUCUUGCAUCGUGUAUGCAACCAGAGGCACUGUUUCAAGGAUGUGGCCAAGUAGGGGCACUCAAGCUUGGAGAAUGGCUUGAUGACUACUCCGUUUCCAAUGGAUUAAAAGAUAAUCUAAUUGUUUGCAAUGCAUUCAUAGACAUGUAUGCAAAAUGUGGAAGUAUAAGUGAUGCUCGAGAACUCUUCUACGCCAUCCCUACGAGAAGUAUUGUCUCUUGGACAACUAUGAUUGCAGGUUGUGCUUUUAAUGGAGAAUUUACUGAAGCUGUGAACCUAUUCUCCCAGAUGGUGGAGUUGGGACUGAAGCCAAACCAUGUAACAUUUCUUGCUGUUCUUCAAGCUUGUACUCACGGAGGUUUACUUGAGAAAGGACGGGAGUACUUUAACAUGAUGACUAGAAGAUAUAAUAUAAGUCCUGGGUUAGACCAUUAUUCUUGUAUGGCAGAUCUUCUUGGACGCAGAGGAAGGCUGAAAGAAGCUUUGGUGUUCAUUCAACAGAUGCCUAUCAAGCCAGAUGCAGGCAUAUGGGGUGCAUUGCUUGGUGCUUGUAAGGUUCACCGUAAUGUAGAGAUUGGUGAAUAUGCAUUGCGUCAUCUCUUUGAAUUGGAGCCCCAGGUUGCAGUUCCAUAUGUGGAGAUGGCUAACAUAUAUGCAUCAGUAGGAAGAUGGGAUGGGGUUGCCACAAUAAGAACAAUGAUGAGAUCUUGUAGAGUGAGAAAAUCUCCUGGACAAAGCCGUAUUGAAGUGAAUGGGAAGACUCAUAUAUUUACUGUUGAGCAUAGAGGUCAUCAUGAAGGCAAGCUUAUAUAUGAAAUGUUGGAUGCAUUAAAUUUGUAUUCGAAGGAAGAAGGAUACUUCCAGCAUUUAGAUGGUGCUGAUCAUGAAUCGUGAUGAAACUAGAUGAAGAAUACCUUUUUAUUUCUCUUCUUUGGAAAAAUUGCACGUCUAUGUGAAUAUUAACGUGGCAUUAGUUAGGAUCUUUAUCUUGGCCUAUGAACGAGGAACUUCAUCAUACAAACCUAAACUAUUAACCUCAAACAGUCUUUACCACAGAGUACAGACAAAUCAAGACCCAAUAAUAGUGUCUCGACAAAUUAUACUGGAGAUCUUACUGAGCUUUAGCUUAUGCUUGUAUUAUAAUUUCUACAAGUUCUAUGUGUAAUGUACUACAAAAAUUUAUAUAUAUAUAUAUAUAUGUUCUUUGUGCAAUGAAAUUUAGAAUGAGAUUCAUUUUAUCAUAAGACGAUAUUUAAUUUUUAUGGA